ACAGGCGUGAGACGGUCAACUAGUUGCUCGACGAGCCCUGCCCAGCAUAUCAACUUGGGCAUUUGGGUUACUUUGAUUCUCAGUCUUCUCAGUUCUCAGUAAGCCUAUCUACUAAUCCAAUCAAUUCCCUUCUCUCUUUCUAGUUUCUAUACUCCAAAUUUCUCACACCACCAGCAGAAAUCCUAGAAACUCCAUAGCUAAAACCUCCGACCUCCAAUAGAAACCACCAAUGGCGUCAAUGAACUUAGGUCCAUUUGGCGAACACUGGUUUCACUGGUUCGAAAGACCUCCACAACCAAUCUCAUUUCCAAAUUUAUUUUCUUUAGCUCUGUCUCAAAACCCUCCUAAACCCCUCUUCUCUUCCCUCUCUCUCUCGGACCCAAAACAACCUAAGCCCGACCCUUCAAAACCAGGCAAAUACCAGAAAAUGAUGGACCAAUAUUGGUGGGAAUGUGAGAAUUUACCUGAUUAUCGACACGCCCCAGAAGUUGAUAAGAUUUUGAAAGAAGACCCAGUUUUUGAACACAAAGAAAACCCAAAACCAGAAGAAAUUGAAGAGAACAAUAAAUGGUGGGAAGAAUUUAGAAGUAGCCCAGUUGUUCAAUUUUUAACAAGAGCAGAGGAAAUUGCUGAUAAUCUUAAUAAAGCUGAGCUUCAGGAUAAUAAGGAACCUUAUAGGAAUGAAGAUGCUAAACUUUGGAAAGCUCUUCCUCAUGUUACUGGGUUAGAUGGUAGACCAAUGCCUAGGAAAUCUAUAAAGACUACGGAAGAAGCAGAGAAUAGGUUUUGGGAUUUCACAAAACAGUUCUUUUUUGGGUUAUGGGGUUUUAGGCAACGUCCUUAUCCUCCUGGUAGACCAAUCGAUUUUUCUCAGGUUAUUGGGUAUAAGCGCUUGGAGAAGCGGUAUUAUGAUUUUGCAAUGAGGACUGGUGGUUGGUACUAUAAGGAUCGGUUGGGCCGUACAAGAGGACCAUGUGAGCUGAUUCAACUUAAGACCGCAUGGAGUGCGGGUAUAAUCGAUACUCAUACUUUCAUAUGGGGAGAGGACAUGGAUGAAUGGGCACCUAUCGGCAUGAUUUAUGGUGUAGAACGGGCAAUUGCCACUUGGGAAGUUAGGUUGGGUGCAGCUGCAACAGCAUUUCUCCACAAGCUUCAAAAGGGAAUUUCUCCUUGGACUCCAUUGAAGGGGCAUGAAAAGAAAACCUAUGAGCAACUGCAACAGGAGGCUGUAGAAAGUAAGAAGCGUGAUUUGGCUGUGCUUAAAGCCAAUGAUGGAGUUUGGCCUGGAGUAAGAACUCCAAGCCAUGCUCUCUUUCUUUGGGCUAGUGGUUCUGAGUUGACAACAAUGUUGGAAGCUGAUCAUAUGCCAAACAAAUACAUACCAAAAGAUCUAAGGAAGCAAUUGGCUAAAGCCAUUCCUGGCUUAAGACCCUGGGAGGUUCUAAGUGUUGAACAAGCUAUGGACCAAAUAACAUAUAAUGGACAAUGGUAUCGUGAGCCGCUCGGCUCAUACACAACUGGUCCGCCUUAUAUAAAGCACUGGAAUAGGGAUGCUUUGAAAAUGCUAUCAGUAUUUUCAGUCCUAAGUCAAGCUGUAAUCAAGGACAUGAGGCGGAAAAUCCCAGGUUUUGAUCAAGUCAUGAAUAUGUUCCGAGAAGAUGCUCUCGCAAGAGAACAAAGAAUCAGACAGCAGAGGGAACAAAACAAGAGGGACGAGGAAGAUGCUUUGUAUGGACGUUCUACACGUGAUCCAUAGCAGGUCUCUCUUCAUAACAUUCUGUUCUUGGUUGUCCGACUACAACCUCUUAACUUCAUUUUUAACCUGCAGAAUGUGUCAAACGAAACCUGCUAAAAAGAGAAUUUGGGUGAAGGGCAUAUUGUGUUGCGUUGGCUGCUAGUCGGCUACUUAUGGUGGUCUUGUGUGUAGGAAAGGAAUUUAUCUCGUAUUCGAAUUUAUCUCGUAUUCGAAUUUAUCUCUUUCCUUCGUUUAUUAUGAGCCAGGAGUAUUUACAUAGUCUGUUUUUUGACGGAAAAUUGUAAACGUCUUUCUUUCUUUUCUGAGGGUGUAAUCGUCUUUCUAAAUAUUGUGUUAGUAGAGAAUCGUGUUUUGUCUCAAUUGAAAAGUAUCACUUUUCAAGAAUUGUCUUAAGUUUAAUUCUUGUUAGCAUUCUACUUUCCUCAGUUUUUCUCGGCCAACCUUAUAAUAGAAAAAACUGUGCUGUUAUUUCCAUUCUACAAUUGUAAUACAAGUUUUAUUGGCGA